AGGAAAACACUAGUACCUCCUCCAUAGCAUUGUGAACACCAGAAACAGACUACACUCCGAAAAGCCUCCAAGUUAAAAUGGGUUUGUUUUACCUUAUGACAAACUGGGCCUGCUAUGCGAUGUUCUAUUGUUUCCUUCUGAUUGCAGUUGCGUUCCUUGUUUAUUGUUUGUAUAUCAAACACAUUCACAUGAAAUAUGAUCAUAUCCCUGGCCCACCACGAGACAGCUUUUUAUUUGGGCAUUCAUCGAUGAUGAAAGAAGAAACGGAGGGUGGAAAAAUUCUCCAAGACAAAUUCCAACAGUGUGCUGAAAUGUAUGGACCUGUUGUUCGUGUUAAUGCAGCUCAUAUUGUUAUGUUAUUGGUGACCUGUCCAGAGGCUACGAAGGAGAUCUUGAUGUCCCCUAAGUGCCUAAAACCUAAACCCAUAUACAAGCUAUUCUUUGGACUUUUUGGAUCGAGGUUUAUGGGAAAUGGCCUGCUUACAGCUACCGACCACGAGCAGUGGCAUAAACAACGACGGAUAAUGGACCCUGCCUUCAGCAGUCUGUACCUCAGGGGCCUGAUGGGGACCUUCAACGAGAGGGCAGAAAACCUCAUGGAUGAACUCACAAAUUUAGCAGACAGCAAAAAAGAAGCAAAGAUGCUCCAGUUGUUCAACCGUGUGACCUUAGAUGUCAUCACCAAGGUGGCCUUUGGAAUCGAUUUGGACCUCAACCAAAACAAGGACUCGCCUUUCCCUAGAGCCAUUGAGAUGUGUCUGACAGCCAUGGUUCAUACCACCCGAGACAUGCUUUUUCAGCUAAUGCCGAAGAACCGACCGUUCAUCAAGGAGGUGAGGGAGGCGUGCCAGCUUCUGCGGACCACAGGGGAAGCCUGGAUCUCCAAACGGAGAACCGCCAUCGAAAAUGGCGAAGAUGUACCCAAAGACAUCCUCACUCAGAUCAUCAAAUCAGCUGGACAAGAAGCGGAAAGGACUAAAGAAGAUGAGGAUCUUAUGUUGGACAACUUUGUGACAUUCUUCAUCGCAGGACAGGAUACUACAGCCAAUCAGCUUGCCUUCUGCAUGAUGGAACUAGCAAGAAACCCUGACGUCAUGAAAAAAGCGCAGAAAGAGGUGGAUGCUGUUCUUGGAAUGAAGCAGGAGAUGAGCAAUGAUGAUUUGGGAGAGCUGACCUACCUCUCACAGGUGCUGAAGGAGACCCUUAGGAUGUAUUCCACCGCUCCCGGAACCAAUCGUCAGUUGUCAGAGGACAUGACCAUCAGUGGUGUUCACAUCCCUGCAGGAACUUUGUGCGUGUUUAGCUCUCAUGUCUGUGGAAGGAUGGAGAAAUUCUUCAAGGACCCACUGACGUUUGAUCCGGACCGGUUUCAUCCAGACGCACCCAAGCCUUACUACUGUUACUACCCCUUCGCUCUCGGACCACGCUCCUGUCUGGGACAGAAGUUUGCACAGAUGGAGGCUAAGGUGGUGAUGGCCAAGCUGCUUCAGAGGUUUGAGUUCAGUCUGGUGCCAGGACAGUCCUUUGACAUCCUUGACACUUUAACCCUGAGGCCCAAGAGCGGGGUCGUUUGCAACAUUAAACACAGGAAUCCCAACAUGUGAAACUUUAUAUCGCAAUUAGCUGGUCUAAGAAGCUGUGGUAUACUACUGACACAACAUGACCAGCAGAUGGCGAUGAUGGACUACUUAUGAGUAACCUGACCGGUAAGAAAACAGCGUGGAGAGAGGACAUGUUCUCUGCCAAUGUUCGUAGACGGUGGUGAGGUAAAGACCUUGCAGCUAAAGGCAAUGUGAAACUUUCAUGUAACAUAAAGAUGAGUUUCUCCAAGUCAAACAUUAGUAACAUUAUUUUGCUCCAAAUAAAAGAUAGGAGAUUUAUCUUAUUUCAUUAUUCCUGGGUUUUUGUCAAAUGGUUAUUUCAACAGUUAACAUACUUUCUCACAAUCAAAAGACGCUCCUCAAAGUCAGUCAGUAGGGCUGAAUGGAACUCACUUGCACCAGCUGACUUUCCACACAGGGUUCAGACAAAUCUUUUGACCUACCGAGGCCCUAUCAGUUAAUCCAUGCUCAACCCUCUGACACACAAACACACACACAAUCAAAAGUUGCAUAACAGUGCUGCUGACGCACACAGGAGGGUUGAAGUCUAACUCGCUGCUUAUGUAGGACGCUACUCAGUUGGUCACAGGCUCGAAUCCCUACCAACUAUACACCAAGUCCUAUAGUCCCGUUCUUGAGCAAUGUUCACCGUUUUAAUUCAGCAUAAUUUUCCCGCAUUCUUAACUGUUAUUGUGAAGAGAAGCGAGAAAGGUUUUCAUGGGGUGGCCACUGAGACAUUGCUGACUCGUUUGAAAUAGGCCCAGAUCCCGCUUUUGGUUGACUUUCACUUCAAAGACGUACUGCAGGGCUACAAUAAAACAGCUAGGGUACACCAUUCGUUAUUAUUGUAACAAGAUGAUACGAUGCGAAACUACUAAAAACCGUUAAAAAAAAAUAUGACAA